UCAGAUAGCAUGUUUGUUUUUGGAAAUUGAGUUUCUAUCUCUAAACGGAGAGAGGCGGAGACCUGUUGAAGACCCGAACAGACAAGAGGUAGGAGAAUCUGUGGAAAGGACAAUGCCCCCCUCUUCUCCUGUUCAAAGACGAUCAAUCGGCAGUUCCGAGAUACAGUUUAUUGACCUUACUCAGUCGAGUGACGAGGAAAGUGAGUGUUCUCUUGAUGCGCCCACAACGGCCUACCUUAGCGAAGAUGAGUCGCAGGCCAAUGUCAUUCUCAGUAAGACACGAAGAUACCCUGGAUUGCAGCUUCAAGCAGAGACCUCUGAGACUAGCCACAUGCGCAUGCCACUGUUCAAUGCUCAAGUUUACCUCGGAAGCUCAACAUCAACACAAUCUUCGUCAACAACGACAUCUGAAGCAACUAGACAAGGACGACAAAUCGCUAGAAAGACAACAAGGCGUGCUCAUCCAGAGACUAAUUCGGAAUUAUCACUGCCAGGAACUCUUGAGUCAGUUCAGCCGCAAGCAUCAAUUAGUGCAUCAAUCGUUCGCAGUGCAAAUUCGAUCGCAGUAUCCACUGCAGCUUCAGUUUCAGGUGCACAAAGCUCAGACCUCAGUUCGUCAAUUAUGGCUAAAAAAUUUAAAUGUGCAAAAUGUCAUCGCGAGUAUAUCCACAAAGCCAGGCUGCUGAGGCAUUAUAAAGCUUCCCCAUCUUGUAAUGUUCUGAACCCAGCUUCGCAAAUCCAGACACGAGAUCCAGGGUACUUUGAUACAAAACAGUGCCGAUGGUGUGGAGCUGCGGAUUUUUUCUUUGGAACUGUAGAAGAAACCAGGAGACAUUACAGGGAACAGCACCCUAUUACGUGUAUCGAAUGCGCGCUGAGAUGCUCCGAUGAAAGAGACAGAGAAGUGCACGAAAGAGAACACCAUGGAAUUUCGUACAGCUUGGAAGACGGCGAAGAUGAGGAGCAGGAGCUUCCGGCUGUCGAAAGCCGACUGGCAGCUACUGAAGCUCCCGUGAGGCCUCUUUCCCAAUCACCGUCUCUCAAUUUACCCUCUGCCAUGGACGCUUUGAUAGAAUCUACAUCCGUUACAGGCGAAAAUUUAAGUGAUCAGCAUUCUUUGGUCGUAUCAUUUCGACUUUAUGAGACAAUACCGAUCAAGCCUCGCAUCAGUGUGAAGAAAGCUUACUUCUCAGAAAACAAACUGCCGACGUUUUUCAAGCCACCCACUAAGCUUGAAACGAAUUCGAGUAGUUUGAUCGCAGAAAAUUGCUGCGUGUCGGAAUCUACAGACGGUUUAAUUAAAGGAUAUGGUUUAAUUUCAACCAUGGAGACAAUUCAGCAGAAAAGUACUCUUUUUAGAGCAUCAGCGGAGGAAAAGCAAGUGCUCAAUUUGCCCACCGCUGUCGCUCUUGAUGAGCUAUAUUAUGAACAGGUUGAAGAAAUAACUGCAGUGGAGAACAAGCCAAAGUUUGUGAACGUGGCAAAAGCGAGAACCCUUCGGCCAAUGACAGAGCGAGUCAGACUCAAAUUGAUCAAGUUUGAGAGUCCCACAGUGGAAGACACGGUCGAAACGCCAGAACUUGAAAUAGCAGAAGAAAUGCCAAACCCUUACCCACACUCAGCAAAUUGCAUUGUAGAAGUUGUUGAGCGCAGUGAGCUGGCCCGUGCGAGUUUGUCUGCGCCUGUUGAAGUUAAGAGGAAUGCAAAGAAAACAAAGCUAAACGUCGCUGCGUUAAAGUUGAUCAAACUGAAAAAGUCCGAAAGUGGAAGGGUGUCCAAUAAUUCUUCAUCAGUUAGUGAAGUGUCAACUGCACCACAGAAGGAGGUAUCAGUCGUAGAUGUAGUUCUGAAACAGGACAAAGUUGAACGGACAGUUGAGAGUCAGAAGGCUGUUGCUUCUAAAAGUGAGAAAGCCAGUGAUGCCUCGUCGGUGGAAUUAGUGAAAAUGCGGGCCCGCAAAACAGUUCGUUCUAGCAAACGAAGAAAAGAAGGUGAAAGUUACUGCAGUGCAGUUUCAGAUGCUUCCGCCGCAUCUGAUGAUUCUGACGAAAUUGCAGCAAAGAGAAAGAAAGUGAAAACUUCAAGUGAUACUACUGCGGCUUCAGAAGCACUGUCAGAGAAACUGAGCACAGAAAAGACUUUGCCCGGUAGCGAAAUUAAUCCAGUUUCGACCGGAGCUCAGAAUCAAAAUAUAAAGGUCGAUAAACCUUAUAAUGGAGCUGCAAAGCUUCAUAAUCUAUCAAAUUCUGAGAAACAGAUAUCUAGCUCUGCUUUGUUACCUAAACCAUCAGUUGUGCUUAGUUCAUCCGCUAGUUCAACAAAGGCAACUAAGUCACCGGAACAACUUAAAACUGUUCCAGACAGUACAGCUGUCUGUCUGCCAGUUCAGAGACCAGCUUUUUUUGUCGCAGUAACAGCAAGUUCUUCUGAAAAAUUGUCCGCUGCAAUUCUGAGCAAACCGAGUCUCGCGAUUCCCAAGAAAUCGUCAGUUGCUGUUCUCGGCAAACCGAGUCACGCGAUGCCCGAGAAAUCGGCCACUGCGUUUCCCGAGAAAACGAUCGCUGAAAUUCCCCAGAAACCAAGUACUGUAAUUUCUAAGAAAUCAAACGCCCCAAUUCCUGAGAAAGUCACUGCUACGAUUUGGUCUGAGAAAAUGAAAACUUUGGUUUCAAGUCCCAAGGUCAUACCACUCGUCUCCAAAGAGGUCGCAAGAUGUUCUAAAACACCAUUAGCAAUAUCAACGGCAGAUAUGGACGCGGGAAAGGACGUUCCCCUUAUGGCGACAGACGUUCAAGAAUCGAUGUCAUGUGUACCAUUGUCAAAUUCGUUUUCAUUCGAGCCGCGGAAACGGGUGCAACAUACUCGGAAAGAGCUGGCGGAUUCACAAUCACUCGGCCCAUCAAACUCUUUUUCCAAUAAGAGCCCUGAAGUAGUGCCAUACUUUUUCUUGAGUAACGCUGCCACAAAAAGACCAGCACAUGUGGCUCUCAAUGAUUCUGCGAUGUCAAGAUCGCCUCCUAAAGUUGCCAAACCUGCAUUGCCGACUUCAAACAAGGGGACCGACAGAGAGAGCCGUACUAAAGCUUAUGAAAGAUCUCCUGAAAAGACGACAAGUACGGUGAUAUUACCAUCAAUGAAACAAACAGAGUGCUAUUCUUUACCUCAACGAAUAGACGGCAGGAACAGAAAGCAAUCAGAGGCAAUAAAUAACCCAAGGAGCUCUAACAUUUCUGGAUAUGGAAGUCAUCGAAAGCAUACCGAAAAACGAUCUAACGAGUCGAAUUCAAGAUGUGCUUUUAUGAGCUCUGAAAAGCUAUCAAAAGAAGUAAAAUCAAGCGGUGUUCCAACGAGUUCAGAAAAUAGAUCUAAGCAUUCAAAAUCAACCGGUGCUCAAACGAAUUCAGAAAAUCGAAACAGGGAUUCAAAAUCAGGCACGACAGUUUCCCCAUCAUCUUACGAGGAAGCAGGGGGUCAACUUAGUCAGCCGUACAAGGAAGCAGGCACUAAGUUCCGACGACUUUGGAAGGUAUCUGUUCCGACUGCAAGGACGCCAGGAUCCAGGAGAUACUAUGAAAAGUUAGCAUCAACAGAUCCAACUGCUAUUUGCAAACAUCUUCCCUACUCGAAACCAUGCAAAAGAAAAGAGCUCUUUCGAUCGGGGUCUCCGGAGGAACCCGCAGAAGAAGUUUCCAAGCUGGCGACUUCCGUCGCUGCCAACAUUUCGGAUCCUUUGUUGGAACAGGUUUCGUACAUAUUAAACCAGAUGCCGAUAUCCGAAACAAUUUCCUCCAAUCAGCAAGCAUCUCUUGAGCCAAAGCAGAUACCUCUGGAACCCAUCUUAAAGAGUAUACGAACAAAGCCUAAUUCUUCCUUCCCUUGCACCUCGGAAUUACCAACUAAACAACAGUCAAAAACCACAGUGAUACCUUUGGUACGGACUCAAUUAGCUGAGGCGAGUGACUGUAGCUCGAACGCAGUCUCAGCAGAAGUCUGUGAGGCUCCUUCGUCAUCGGCAUGUUCCUCCUCAGUUUCUAGAGUUCCAUCAGUUCCUUUGACAAAUCAAAAGGCUCUCUCAUCGCCGGCAGUUCCUCCAACAACUCAUAGGUUUUCGUCAUUAUCGACAGAUACUGACGAAGAUGAGCCGCCGCCGUUGAAACCCGUUAAACCCUUUGAGACCCAUAACUGCCACAAUGCCAACAUAUCUGCAAGAUCUGGGACAGUUUCAACCGGCCUAUCACCCGGAGUCCUUAUCAAUAUCAGUUCCGAUGAGGAUGACCUAGGUGACGAUAUAUUCACAGAUGACGUCGGAUGCGCUAAUCAGACGCCACAAAGUAGAAAAGUCGAACGGAAAGACGACAUAAAUUUCUCUAUCUAUGUGGAAAAUAGUAACCGCUCCACGGCUAUAUCAGAUAAUGCAAUCCAAGAUCUAUCUACCGCAAACACAGCAAGCUUUCCCACUGCAAAUUCAAAUUCACCCAGCUCGAAGCAAUACAAUUGGAAAAGUUCUAGUACCAGUAGUGAUGCUAGUUCGAAAGUAUCGCCAUCUUCAAAUAAAGUUUUGAAAGAAAGUGGAAAACAUAUCGCAUCGAAGAAAUUUUGCGAGUUGUGCAAAAGGAGUUUCUGUGAGUUGGAAAAGCAUUUUGACAAAUUUCACUCGCCGAAGCCCUCGAUAGAACCGGUACCUGGAUGCCAAAAGUGUGCGGAUUGCGGUCUGUACUUUGGCAAAAGCGUAUACUCGAAGCACCGGAUUCGGUAUCACGAGAGACUUGGUAGCAAACACAUUUGCUACAGGUGUGGCCUAGAAUUCCAGUGCAAUGGGUAUUUGAUAGAUCACCUGAAAUUCGAACAUAGGGAGCAGUCAAAGCAGAUUGUUGACUUGUCAUCAACAGAAGACAAAUACAGAUACCGUUUAGCCCGAAGCGGAGCAGAAUCAAUCGAAUGACUCAUUCGUAGAUGCUUGUUUGUAUGCUGAUGUGCGUUAGCGUUCCAAAAACUCUAGAUACAUAAACUUUGUCGCGGCAAGCAGGGUUUCAGUUUUGCCACAAGUAUUUCAGGACUAUUUCUUGUUCGGUGCUACUUAGCGAUGCCCAUGGGCUUGGUUUAUGUGCUGUGGAUUUUACACAUUUCAAUAGGUUGAAAAUUUCUCGCAAAUUGAAAAAUCAAAGAAUGGAAGCUUGCAUAUUUUUUUUGCUCACACGCACUCACGUUCAGUUUCACCUAAGUAUGCUCAGCUCAUUUCAUUGUUUUGGCUACACAGAAGAGGGACUGAUAGAAUUGAAUUGACCCCAAAAAGAAUAUUUUCAUACUUGAAAAAUCGGGAAGACUUUUACUAUAAGAAAUACUGUUUUCUGAAAUACUUCGUGAAAUUUUAUGCGAGUUUAUACGAGAUUAGUUUAUACGAAAUUAUACGAGAAAUGUUUAUACGAGAUUAGGCUAGGGCAAAAAUCGAAAAAUAAAUUUUUGAGAAUUGAAUUUUGUUCAGUAGCAGUUUUCCAACACCUCUGUCGGUCCUGUUCAUAUUUUACACUUGAACAUAGACCAAAUUUGUAAAAUGUUAUAUAUCAAAUACAUGUAUCUGUUAGUUUUGUUUAGAUUUAUACAAAUUGCCAACAAGAGUUUAUUUUUCUCUAA